CGGUGCGCGUGCGCGAGGAGCCGUUGAGCGAGCGCUCGAGACAGAGGGAGCGGUAGCCGGUUCACUUCGCUAUCGGGAGCCGCUUGGAUAUUUUAUUUCAGCUUUUAUUUGUAAUUAUCGUUCUUCCGCGGGAAGGGAGGAUUUGUUUUUUUCCCCUACCCUCACCGUCAAAUCUCGCCGACGGCCAGGAUGUCGAGCCGCGAAGAGGAGCGCAGGAAGCUGGCGGAGAUCAUCAACCACUGGAACGCCAACCGCUUGGAUCUGUUUGAGAUCAGUCAGCCGACCGAGGAUUUGGAGUUCCAUGGCGUGAUGAGAUUUUAUUUUCAAGACAAAGUAGCAGGCAACUUUGCAACAAAAUGCAUCAGAGUGUCCAGCACCGCCACAACGCAAGAUGUCAUAGAGACACUUGCAGAGAAAUUCCGACCAGACAUGCGGAUGUUGUCCUCGCCUAGAUAUUCACUUUAUGAAGUGCACGUCAGUGGUGAGGAGCGUAAACUUGACAAGGAAGAGAAGCCUCUGGUUGUACAAUUAAACUGGAACAAGGACGAUAGAGAAGGAAGAUUUGUUUUGAAGAAUGAAAAUGCCUUCCUUCCACCAAAGAAGUCUCAGAGUAAUGGUCCAGAAAAAGAGAAAGAAGGGGUAAUCCAGAACUUUAAAAGAACGCUCUCCAAAAAAGAAAAGAGGGAGAAAAAGAGGCGAGAAAAGGAAGCACUAAUGCAAGCUGCAGAUGAUGAGAGACCUGACCUCACUGGUGAUGGUGAGAACUCAAGUUCGCAUAUUGCAGCAGAAGUGUACAAAGACAUGCCGGAAACUAGCUUCACUCGUACAAUAUCGAACCCUGAGGUAGUUAUGAAAAGAAGACGACAACAAAAGCUGGAACAGAGAAUGCAAGAAUUCCGCAGUGGUGAUGGACGGCCUGACUCGGGUGGCACUCUUAGAAUCUACGCAGAUAGUUUGAAGCCGAACAUCCCAUAUAAAACAAUCUUGCUGUCAACAACUGAUACAUCAGACUUUGCUGUUGGAGAAGCUCUUGAGAAAUAUGGAUUGGAAAAGGAAAACCCAAAAGAAUAUUGUAUAGCACGGGUAGUAUUGCCACCUGGUGUACAACACUCUGAUGAUAAAGGUGUUAAAGAAACUCUGCUUGAUGAUGAUGAAUGUCCACUGCAGAUUUUCAGAGACUGGCCAGGUGACAAAGGUACUUUAGUUUUCCAGUUAAAGAAAAGGCCACUUGACUAUAUCCCUAAGAAUGCAAGGAAGCAAAAAGAGCAAGAUGGAAGAUCAUCAAAAGGAAAAGAAAGGAACGAUAGUUCAAGCUAUGGAUCAUCAUUGCCUCCUGAGAAAAUGCCAUAUCUUGUUGAGCUGAGUCCUGAUGGUUCAGAUUCCAGAGAUAAACCAAAACUGUACCGUUUACAACUGAAUGUGACUGAUGUUGGCACUGAAAAGUCUGAUGAGAACUCCAUUCAGCUCUUUGGUCCAGGAAUUCAAUCUCAUCAUUGUGAUCUUACCAACAUGGAUGGAAUAGUAACAGUUACCCCUCGCAGCUUUGAUGCUGAAACCUAUGUGGAUGGCCAACAUAUUACUGAAACAGUCAUGUUGCAAAGUGGUAUGAACAUCCAGUUUGGGUCAUCGCAUGUGUUCAAGUUUGUGGAUCCUAGUCAGAAUCAUAUGACCAAGAGACCCAUGGAGGCAGGACCCAUGGUCAAGGGCCAGAAAAUUAAAUCUGGGCAAGGGUCUAGAAGUGUCCAGGAAACUACAUUUGAUAUUGACGGAGACAUUCACAGUGGUAUAUCGUUACCCAUAAGCAAGAGUUCAGAUAGAUUGGAUAGUGAUUCCACUUUCGGUGAUCGCAAUGUGGUGAAGCCAAUAAUCAAAGUGGAGCAACAAGACAGCUACAAGCAGGAGAUGAGAGCACAAGAUGUACAAGGUCAAGAGAUGACUCUGCCAGCCACUGUAGAGUUCCGAGAAAGUUCUGAAGACGCCUUCCUAUCUGCCGUUGUUAAUUAUACUAAUAGUUCCACUAUCCACUUCAAACUCUCUCCUACUUAUGUACUGUAUAUGACUUGUCGAUAUGUUAUAUCCAGUCACUAUCGGCCUGAUAUGAGUCCAUCUGAACGUGCACAUAAAGUCAUUGCAAUUGUUAACAAGAUGGUUAGCAUGAUGGAAGGAGUUAUUCAGAAGCAAAAGAAUAUUGCAGGUGCACUUGCCUUCUGGAUGGCAAAUGCAUCAGAACUUCUCAACUUCAUCAAGCAGGACAGAGACCUGAGUCGGAUCACCCUAGAUGCACAAGAUGUCUUGGCUCAUCUGGUGCAAAUGGCUUUCAAAUACCUGGUGCACUGUCUUCAAUCUGAUCUCAACAAUUAUAUGCCAUCAUUUCUUGAAGAUCCCGAGGAAGCAAACCCGCAAAGACCAAAAAUAGAUGAUGUCUUGCAUACAUUGACUGGAGCAAUGUCUUUGCUUCGCCGGUGUCGUGUGAAUGCCGCUCUUACUAUCCAGUUGUUCUCUCAGCUCUUUCAUUUUAUCAAUAUGUGGCUGUUCAAUAAACUGGUCACCGAGCCAGACUCAUGCCUCUGUUCACAUUAUUGGGGAGCUAUCAUCCGUCAACAGCUUGGCCACAUAGAAGCUUGGGCUGAGAAACAAGGUUUGGAACUGGCUGCAGAUUGUCACCUUAGCAGAAUAGUACAGGCAACUACAUUACUAACGAUGGACAAGUAUUUGGCGGAGGAUGUUUCAACCAUCAACAAUACUUGUUUUAAGUUGAAUUCAUUGCAGCUGCAAGCAUUACUUCAAAGUUAUCAUUGUGCACAGGAUGAACCCUAUAUCCCUCAGGAGUUGAUUGAAAAUGUUGUGGCAUUAGCUGAGAAUACAGCUGAUGAACUUGCUCGCAGUGAUGGGAGAGAGGUACAGUUGGAAGAAGACCCUGACCUACAGCUACCUUUUCUGUUGCCUGAAGACGGAUAUUCCUGUGAUGUUGUCAGGAACAUUCCCAAUGGCCUUCAAGAAUUCUUGGAACCGCUCUGCCAGAGAGGCUUCUGCAGACUAACGCCUCAUUCACGAUCACCUGGCACGUGGACGAUUUAUUUUGAGAGUGCUGACUUUGACUGCCUUUUUCCAUCUGACACUAUUGAAUUGGCUGAGCCUAAUCGCAUAGAACCAGAAAUAAUUACAGUAACACUAAAAAAACAAAAUGGAAUGGGACUAAGCAUUGUAGCUGCUAAGGGUGCAGGACAGGAUAAACUCGGAAUCUAUGUUAAAUCUGUUGUAAAAGGAGGAGCUGCAGACAUAGAUGGUCGUUUAGCUGCAGGAGAUCAGUUACUUAGUGUUGAUGGCCGCAGUCUCGUGGGGCUUUCACAAGAAAGGGCUGCGGAGCUUAUGACAAGAACGGGUUCUGUGGUAACCUUAGAAAUAGCAAGACAAGGAGCCAUUUAUCAUGGUUUGGCUACUCUUCUCAACCAACCUUCUCCAAUGAUGCAGAGAGCUUCUGAUCGCCGUGGCUCGGGUAAGCCUCGUCCAAAGAGUGAGGGUUUUGAAUUGUACAACAAUAAUCCUCAGAACGGAACGCCGGAAAGUUCACCAAUAGGAUGGACUGAAUAUAAUGAACCAAAGAAAACAACUGGGGAUGACAGAUUGUUGAAAAACCGAGCAGAUCAUCGAUCCAGUCCCAAUGUGGCAAACCAACCUCCAAGUCCAGGGGCAAAACCUAUUUAUUCUACUGCACCUACUUCCAAAAUUCAAUCUGUCUCUACGGGGAACCUUUGUGCUGAGGAACAAUUAUUACCCACGAGACCUGAAGCCUAUCCAAUUCCCACACAAACUUAUACGAGAGAAUACUUUACUUUUCCAACGUCGAGAUCGCAAGAUCGAGUGAGUCCUGUUCCUGGUCCAUGGCAUCACUACGACGAGAAGGCAAUGGUUCAAGAACAGCCCUUCACUGGCAGUGCACAGCGUGGAACUCGUUCUCAAGAGGAAUUACACGAGGAGAAAGCUUUUCACCAAGAAAAAAUACGUCAGGAAGAUUUAUCCCGCAGAGAAGCUGAAUACCGGAAAGAUUUGGAUCGGAAAUUGGAUGCCCGGGUUAAUCAAGGUUUCUCUGUGGAUUCCAGCACGUCCAAUCAGGAGCACUUAAGCUACUCUUCAAAAUCACUUCCAGCAAGUGCUGUCGCUCCUCAUAAAAGUGGACCUGGACGGUGGAAAACACCAGCUCCAAAUCUGACUACUCCAAUUGCUGUUUCCCAACCCAUUAGAAUAGAAAACCAGUUGCCACCACCACCCCCUCCACCACCACCUGUACAUUAUACUAUUGAUUUUGGUAAUACACAUACUGAUCUGCCCCUACCACCCCCACCUCCUCCGCCACCAACUUCACAAAUAUCUAGUCAGGGGUCUGCUGUUGAUCGUAGAAAGCGAGAAGAACAACAGCGCUGGUAUGAGAAAGAAAAGGCACGAUUGGAGGAGGAAAGAGACAGGAAACGCCGUGAGCAAGAUAGAAAAAUUGGCCAGAUCCGUGGUCCACCACCUCUACAUAUAAAUCCACCCCAACCUGUUCAUGUUAGUUCUGCAAUCCAGCAAACUAGGCCAGAGAAAAUGGCCAGCCUAACACGGCCUCAAGAUACAGUGAUUCGUGAACUUCAGCCUCAGCAGCAACCUCGUACAAUUGAGCGCAGGGAUUUGCAGUAUAUUACAAUUAGCAAAGAACAGUUACCUGUGAGCGAUAGCCUUUCACCUGAUCCCUGGAAACGAGAUGCAAAGGAAAAAAUGGAGAAACAGCAGCAACAACAUCUUUUGGAAAUGCUUAGCAAAGAGAUACAAGAACUACAGAACAAGCCUGAUCGCACAUCUGAGGAGAACGACCGUCUUCGUAAACUUAUGCUUGAAUGGCAGUUCCAGAAGCGGUUACAGGAGUCCAAAGAAAAAGAUGAUGACGAUGAAGAAGAAGAAGAUGAUGAUGUUGAUACAACACUUAUUAUGCAAAGACUGGAAGUGGAAAGGCAGGCAAGGACUGUUCCAGCUAUCUCAGUUCUAGAUUUGUUGCAAGAUGAGGAACGCAGGCGCCAUCAGCAACUAGAAGAAAUCAGAAAGCGAGAAGCAGAAGAAAGAGCAAGGCAAGAUGAUGAACGCCUUCAUCAAGAGGAGGAGCGAGCUAAGAGGGAAACCAAUGAAAAGAGAAGACAAGAAGAAGAAUAUUACACACGUUUGGAAGCUGAAAGACGUAGACAACAAGAAGAAGCUGAGAGGAAGUUACUCCAACCUGAUGAACCUGGUCUGUACAGGCCUCCCCUUCCACGGGACUAUGCUUCUGAAAGCCAGCAGUAUGAAAUUCCUCCCCCAUCCCAUUCAUCUAACGCUCCUCCCCCUCCUCAGAGAAACAUUUCUUACAUCAAAACACAGAUCGUCUCCCCUGACAAAGUUUAUACUGCCAAGUUUGUCCCAUACAAUGAUGAGGAUGAGGAAGAUGCAAAUCUUUCAGGUCAGGAUAAGUACUCCAUUACAAGAAAAUCGUAUGGUGAACUGCCUGUUGCCCCUAAGCAGCCGGCAUUCAUUCGUCAACCCCGCCCGGUUUCAGAUGGCUGCUAUCUUUCAAACUCAUUCCGACCACCAUCUGCCAAUGCCAACAGUACUGCUCCAAAAACUGGUGUCCCACCUCCCCCUCCAACCAAACAGAGCUUCAUGCCACAGAGUGAUUUAAAAGGAUUUACUACAUAUGGAGGGUCAUCAGCAAGUAAUACUGGGGCAAAUGACAUUUACAAAGGCCCAAGAGAGAAGCGCGUUGAACAAAAUAAAGGAAUCCUCAGCCAAGGCCCAGAGGUCCCUGCGGUGAAAGGAUCCCCAGAAAACUUAACGUUCAAAGAACGUCAACGUCUUUUCUCACAUGGACAAGAUAUUUCCCACAAAGUAAAGGCAUCACGAAAAUUGAUGGAACUAGAAAAUGAGCUGAACACAAAAUAAAAUUAACGCCUUAACUCGGUUGCAAGCUCAUUACAAAAUGUUUCUAGUUUGUACAGUGUGUUUAAAUCUUAUAGACUAUUAGAACUGUAAAAUAGGAUGUAGGAAAUUAAAUUUCCACUGAAUUGCAUACCUAAGAAUAUUAUUUAGCUAAACAAUUUGAGCACUGUUAAUUUUUUUUAAAUGAAAUUAAAUGAAGGUAAUCACUUUAACGAAGUCGGGGUUCCGAAUUUUCUAGCAUACAGAGUACACUAUACUUGGAGACAGUGUUAUAGUGAAGCUAAAGUGGUGUAUUUCAAAAUUGUUAACUAGUAACUUAGAAGCUUCUAAAAUGUAUUGAACAAGUUCUUGCUUAUCCAGCAGCUGGUGCCUCAAUUGUUUCAGCUAUGCAUUAGGUGGCUAAUCAAUGGGAAGUGUGGUCCUCAUUCUACUUCUAAAAAAAAGCUUUCUUUGUGCAUUUUAAUUUUUUUAAAGGUCUGAUUCCAACUAAAAUUUCCUCAGCUAAGUGUUCUGAUCUGGACUUUAGUUAUUGAACGGUUUUCUGUAUAAUAUUGUGGUCUAUAAUUGUAUUUAGGGAUAAAUGAACACUUCACAACAUAGAGUAGACUUCCACUGCCUUAGGAAAGGAAUCACUUUAUACAAUAUGUACGAUAAUUAAAUUGUCUUGUCAGAUUGGAGUGUACAUAUUUUUUUUACUUAUUGAACUGUUUCAUAUGUGAAACAGUAGAGUGCUGUAUCAUUUCAACUGUGUAACAAGAAGCAGCGGAUAAAGUAAAUGGGAGUAAACCCCCCUCAUGAAGGAAAACCUUGGAGCUUGUAGAAAAGUGCACAUAUGUGUAGGUAAUUCAGCAUCUUGAAUAUCAACAGCUUGGUACAAACAAUGAAACAAAUUACUGUCAUUUUAUAAAUGAAAAAUAAACUACUGUGGUUUCAGUGCUGCUGGUGAUAUUCAGAACUGAUCUGGGAGGAUAACUGGUAUAUUUCAAUUAACUUUAAGGAUUCUGUUGGGUUUACAGAGUUCUUUGUGUGGUCACCUAGAGUGUUAUUAAACUGUUUACUGAGCAUCAAAACUGCUGUAGUAUCAUAUUUCUACUGUAUUUCACUUGCAACCUAUUUUUAAUAAAUUACUUUGUAUGUA